AUGCAUGGGGAGAGUGAGGGGCGGCUGGUCAUGGCAUUUUACUAGUGGGAAAAACGUCAGGACCAGGAAAACAACAUUUUUGACUGUUGGGGUAGUUUUGGUGAUUUUACGUCACUGAAAGUAACCUUGGGCUACUUAUUUAGGAAGCGAAUUGAUUUUCUGGAGAGACACGAUUGUUAUUGUAUCAGAACUGAAAACUAGCCUACUUGCUUGAGCAAUAGAUACAAAGUUACACCUCCCAGUCCACUGGAUAAUUGUGUGACACGCGGAUCUGGGACGACUACUCGCUGUUAUGGACCACUGGAUUUAAGGAAUUUGGGACGCGUUUUUGGUUCUGGAUUAACAAUUAGGUUCAUCCCCUUCCGUCUGGUGUCAAAACGGAUAGUCGGCAGUCAUGCCAGCGAAAACAAAGUACAAUCUUGUUGAUGAUGGCCAUGAUUUGAGAAUUCCAAUGCAUAACGAGGAAGCAUUCCAACAUGGGAUCAACUUCGAAGCAAAAUACAUCGGCAGUCUGGAUGUGGCUCGGCCGAACAGCAGAGUGGAGAUUGUGGCUGCUAUGAGGAGAAUACGGUAUGAAUUCAAAGUGAAAAACAUAAAGAAGAAGAAGGUCAACAUCAUAGUCUCAGUGGAUGGAGUGAAGGUGGCACUAAGAAAAAAGAAAAAAAAGAAGGAAUGGACAUGGGAUGAGAGUAAGAUGAUGGUAAUGCAGGAUCCCAUUUACAGGAUCUUCUAUGUAUCUCAUGACUCCCAGGACCUGAAGAUCUUCAGCUACAUCGCCAGAGAUGGACAGAAUAACAUCUUCCGCUGUAAUGUCUUCAAGUCCAAGAAGAAGUCCCAGGCCAUGCGUAUUGUGCGGACGGUGGGCCAGGCGUUCGAGGUGUGUCACAAACUCAGCUUGCAACACACACACCAGAAUGCAGAUGGACAAGAGGACGCAGACAGUGACAAGACCUGCAACGAGGAGUCCACACUCUCAGCCCGUGAGUUAACAGGAUCGGAGAAGUCGGUGGUUGCUGUGGAAACAGACAUUGAUGCUGAGGAGGCUCCCUUACCAUUACAGGACAGUAUGGUCGAGGAGUUUAACCGCGGGGUCACUGACCUGGACGGAGUGUACGCUACUGCCAAGACUGACCACACACACCUCAACAACCUCGACAAGAAGGUUCCAGAGCAGGCCUCUUUGUUGCUGGCGCCCCCCAGGAUGCUGCUGCCGUCGUCGGGUACUCUGCUCAACAGUGCUCCCCUGUCAGUCCACCACCAGAUUCAUCUGUUACAGCAACAACUACAGCAACAGCAGCAACAGACACAUGUAGCUGUGGCACAGGUGCACCUGUUGACGGACCAACUGAGUGCGGAGGCUACAGCCAGACUGGAGGCCCAGGCCAGAGUGCACCAGCUGCUGCUCCAGAACAAGGACCUGCUGCAGCACAUCUCUCUACUGGUCAAACAGAUCCAGGAACUGGAGGUCAAAAUGUCUGGGCCCAGGUCCAUGGGUUCCCAGGACAGUCUAUUGGAGAUCACUUUCCGUUCCACUUUCCCCCCAGUGUUGUGUGACCCAAUGACCCCUCGACCCCAGGACCACGCCAGCCUCACCCUGCCAGCGCUGGGCAUCAACAUGGGCGUGGGCCAGGACAGUACGGUCAACCCACUCUUCUCUUCCUCCCUACCCCUGGGCAGCCCCCUAGUAGACCACAGUAUGUUUGAGAACUCCAACGCCUCCAGAGCUCUAGGCCAGGGGCUCCAGGCCUCCAGGUUGACCCAGGCCUCGGCCCGUCACUCCCUGGUCACAGCUAACCCUGCCCUGGGUAGCAGCCCUGCCGAGGCCCCCUCCUCCACCACUACCAAUGGAGGUCAGCAGAGGCUAAAGAAUGCCCUGAACCUGGGCAAGGCUGUGGGGGCAAAGGUCAAUGACCUGCUGCGAAGGAAAGAGCCCAGUCAUAUAGGAGACAUCGGUGUCACAGAGAUCAACAAGAAUGUAGGAGCAGUCUGGAGCAAUACGGAGGAGAUGACCCAGCGAACUACUGCCUAUAGUCAUGCCUCUCAGGACUCCUUCCCUCGUCUGGACCCCCCUCCUCCCGGUAAAAAAAAGCGUCUUCCUCGCACCCUGAAGACGACCCAGGACAUGAUGAUCUCGUCUGACCCCGUCGUCACCACACCCCCCGAGACCCUCGAUCACUCCCUCCUCUCCUCCUCCAACAAGACCUCCCUCAUCAGCAAUGAGCAGACCCCACCCAAGGGAGAGCAGGACGGAGAGAAUGACAGAGGGAGAGACACACUCACCGGACUGACUGACCCUCUGGACAGCGAGAGGAAAGAGGAAGAGGUGAAGAUGGAGACAAAUGGGAGCAGUAAGAUGGAUGGAGUGGAAGGGAAUGAGACAGAGGAGAGGAAAGAGGGAGAGCAGACCCAGAUUCAGCUCCAGCUCUCUGUCCCAGACCUUAUCCAUAAGGACCACGUGGUCCCCCCCAAAUCGAGGACAUCUGAGCCCAGGCAGAAGGCC